GUGACGAGGUCGUGUAGGGCCGGCCGAAUUGAAUUUGAAGAACAUGGUUUCCCCUAGUCCGUAGCCAUUUUGGCUCAAGUCUUGUUCGAGCUAGGCUCGACAGCGCCAUCCUGUCCCUGCGGCUGGAACGUCUGCCGCCCCAUACGCACAGACGAUGAAGCUCGAACAGUACCGGACGUUGUGGGGCAGCAUCGACGAGACGGACGGACUCUUGGCACGCUCGCCUCACCGUACGAUCGAGCAGGUCAUCCCCGAGCUCAAGGCUCUUGGCUACGACGGGAUCGAGAUUCCGUAUAAGUGUGCGCAUUAUUUGGGGAUAGACCGCGUAAAGGCGCUCCUGGCUGCAAAUUCGAUGAAAUGUACAGUGAUGGUGUUCACGGAUGGGGUGGUUGUGCCAGGCGCUGGGAUUUUGUGGGGAGGCCCGUAUCCAGGCUUCACCGCGCCCUCCCAACCUGGAGAGAGCGACAAGGAUAAGUUGGUGGCGACGCAUCUGGCUGUGUGGAAGGAGCAGGUGGUGGCGGCGCAGGCGUUGAAUCCGACCCUCGUCGUGUCGCACUCGUUGAAGGACUAUUUCACGCACGCCAUGGCGGAGCAGUUCUUCACUGAGGCCCUGCGGUGGGAAGCGGAGAAGAACUAUGUGGUUUGCCAUGAGACGCACCGGAAGCGUUUUUUGCACAGCCCAUGGGUCGCGCGGGAUUUCCUGCCCAAGUUCCCGGCAAUGAAGAUCUGCGCCGACCUCUCCCACUGGGUCAACGUGGCGGAGACGAAUUGUGACGACUUGGACCUCACGCAGGUCAUCGAGGACGUUGCCCCGCAGGUUUGGCACACGCACUGCCGCGUCGGCUACGACCACGGGCCGCAGGUCCCGGACCCUCGCGCCCCGGAGUGGCUGCCCUACACGGAGGGCCACGAGCGCUGGUGGGACGCCAUCUGGAGAGCGCAGGCCGCUCGCGGGCAGGCCGUGUCUACGAUGAUCGCGGAGCACGGGCCGCCGAACUACCAGGCCACGCUCCCACACAGCCGCGAGCCCGUGGCGCACAUCUGGGACGUGAACCACUGGAUCCAGCUGCGCCGUCAGGAGCGCUUCAAGGCCCUGUUCCCAGGCGCCGGGCACGAGACCUCGAGCCUCGUUCCCAGCGGCACGCAGGGGCCACUCCCGUUGACAGCGCCUGGAGAUUCGAUCCUCGCUUGCCGCACAGCGCCAGCUGGGUUCCUGAAUGAUCAGGAGAAGCCGAUUUCCGGACGCAAGAGGAAGGCUGGCAGUUAGUGUAUGUUUGCAGAUUCGACACCGUAGGUCGAAUCGGCAUGAAUCGCGUGAUAGGGAUCUAUUCGCACUCGUUCAUACGCUGAUCGAUGUGUAUAUGACGAUGGUUCUGCACCACUCGAUGGCACGGGUGAUUCCGAGUGCGCCUCAGGAUUGUCUCGGUCGCUUCGGCUCACGACUGGGGCCUGGGGCCGGAGAGGCUGGGCGCGCGGCCCUCCCCCGCCCCGCGCGCGGCCGGCCGGUGGUGCGGGUCGUGGCGCGGCGCUUGUCGCGUGUGACCCAGACCCCCCUUGGAGUCGUGGAGGGAAAAAUAAAAAAAAGAAGAUGGUUUCCCCUAGCUGGAACCACGCAUUUCCCGUAGGGGGCAGAGGCCCAGGGUAGCU